UUGCUUCAUGACGCGCUUCCUGGUGAUGUUACCUGACGCAGUGUGCGGAAGAGAAGGAAAUUAAAACAAUCAGAUAUCAUUGAAGAGGAGCGUCUAACGGUGUACAUGAUGCUUGGCGGUGGAUUCAAAGCAGAGCGACUUCGUGUCAACCUUCGGCUGGUCAUGAACCGGCUCAAGCUCCUGGAGAAGAAGAAGACGGAGCUAGCACAGAAAGCGCGCAAGGAAAUUGCAGAUUACCUGUCCACGGGGAAGGAUGAGCGAGCACGUAUCCGUGUGGAGCACAUCAUCAGAGAAGACUAUCUGGUGGAGGCCAUGGAGAUACUGGAGCUUUACUGUGACCUGCUGCUCGCACGCUUUGGACUCGUACAGUCCAUGAAGGAGCUGGAGCCAGGCUUACAGGAAGCCGUCUCUACUCUGAUUUGGGCAGCCCCCCGUAUGCAGAGUGAAGUCGUUGAGCUCAAGAUUGUUGCAGAUCAGCUGUGUGCCAAAUACAGCAAGGAGUAUGGCAAGCUUUGCAGGUCAAACCAGAUAGGAACUGUCAAUGACAGGCUGAUGCACAAACUGAAUGUAGAGGCACCCCCAAAGAUCCUGGUGGAGCGUUACCUCAUUGAGAUUGCGAAGAAUUACAACGUGCCUUAUGAGCCUGACUCUAUGGUCAUGGUGAGCGGCGAGGUCCCUGCAGGUGUGGAAGCUAAUCUCAUUGAUGUCUUUGAUGAGAAGAAGGGGGGGCCUGGAGGAAGAGGGGGGGGUGGUGGGGGAGGUGGCUUCAUUGUGCCAGUGGAUGCAGUGCCAAUGCCCAUGCCUAUGCCUUCACCACAUAUUCCAUUCAACUACCCUCAACCCAAAGGACCUGAAAACUUCAGUGGUCCUGAAGUUGGCACCCAUGAGAGUUUUAACAACUUCCAGCCUCCAAAGCCAGGAAUGCAGCCCCCACAGCUACCCAGCUGUGCCCCAACUUAUGAGUUUAUUGAUGAUCUCAAUAAAAACACCUCUGUUCCUUCUCCAAAGGCUACUGGUCCCCCUCUGACCUAUAACAAUGCAGUUCUCCCAGAACUCCCCUCGGUUCCUGACACACUUCCUGCUUCCUCUUUUGGUGGAAACUCUGCUCCAUCUGAGGAUAUCGACUUUGAUGACCUCUCACGCCGCUUUGAGGAUCUCAAGAAGAAAACAUAGACAGCACUGCGCCACCUGCCUGCUCGACUGUCUCGCUGCUUCUGCUCCUGAUUGUGGGGUAGGUGGGGAGAGACACGGAAUCACAAGUUAAGAAGGAUUGCUCUUCACCAGUCCAUCAGGAAAUGUGUAUUACCAGUACUUUCUAUUCUUUAAAAAUAGCAAUACCUGUUUAUUAUCUUUUAAACUACUGAAAUAGAAAUGAGACUGAUUUGGCAUGAAAAAACGAGAAGCUAUUUUAUUAUAUUUUUUUUUUAUCAGACAGGACUUGGACUUUUUUGAAAUGUUAAAUUGUAGGUGUUAAUAACCCUGUACAUUUCACCCUAUUUCUAAUGUAACAGAGCAAGUGGCUGUCUUUUGAGAAAGGGUUAGUGGUAGAAGUACAUGACACACAUUGAAACUUUAGACUUUUUGAUAAAAAAAAAUGUAGCUUUUGUUUCUGUCACUCAAUCAAGACAGUCAUAACACUAUUAGAGUCCAAAGCUUUUUUGUAGAGAGAGAGAGAGUGAAAUAAGAGAAAACCAGACACUCCAGAAAAUGUAUCUCAAUAUCCCCCACUGUCUCAUAUGGACUUUUUUAGCUCACAAAUCAUAUUUCUCUUAGGGGUUUCCCUGUCUGAAACUGCACACGGAUGCCUUUCAAAUCUCAUUAGCCUGUACAGAACUAUGUGUGCCAGGUAUAGUCAAGGAGGUUAGAGGUUAAGGUUAACUGUUUUAUGCAGGCUGCAUUAAUUGGAACAAUAAGGACGUUUGUGUCUUUUUAAUUAAAACAGAGGACUGUCCUGUUGUGGUAAUGGAUUUUAUAUUCCACAGCCUGUGGUACUGGCAAUAGUAACUGGCAAUAGCCCCCUGCUAUGAACUGUUUCUUUAGAUUGGGGGUUAGGUACAAUGUAGGCACCAUUUGGUUUUUGAAUUCAAACUAAUAUUGCUGAAUGAAUAAGAUAAACAAAAAAAAAAAAACUUUCUAAAUUUCAAUAAGGGGAAAAACCUAACGAGGAAAAUGUUUUUCACCUUUGUCUGUUCAAAACUGUAAAACACUAAUAUGACUUAAUGGUCUGCUGCUCUGUCUGUUAAACUGCACAGUUUCCCUAAGGAAUAAUAACUUGUGAAAAAUAUAAAUAUUAUAUAGGAAACUUAGAGCGAAUGUGUAUGAUGUGUAGCUUAUAAUUGAAUCGUGGGUGCACAUUCACAUGCAUUCAAAUAGAAUACCAUCAUAGGAACAUCUAAAAAGAAAGAGUAUCUAAUGAGUUGUUUAAUACGAGAAAUUGGCAAGCAGUGGGCUAUUCACCAAUUUUUUACUUUAAUAUUCUUAGAAUCUGUUGACAACUUGUUAGCUGGUGCCAACAACAGUAUAAUUGAUUAGUCAUUAAAAAACAUUAAGCAAGCGAAAGCUUUGUGAAUAGGAUCUCCAAUCCUAAUAGGAUAGAUCUGAUUGCAUUGAGUUGGCCUUUUUGUUAUUAUUAUGUAUGCAAGUGGCCUUUUCCAUUUUAAUGAUCAGUUAAAAGGGUUUCUAAGCAAUCAUGAGGGCUUGUGUUUGUAACCCCUGUGUUUAUUAAGUAGGACUUUUAUUUGUGUGUUUAUCAAUCAGAUUGAAGGGUGUGUUUAUUGAUUCUGAAGUAUCUGACUUUUUUCUAGGGGUGUUUUGGAAAAGUCUGGGAAGUAAUGUCCUAAGAUUAUGCAAUAAACAGGUUGGCAGUGGAGCAGUAUUUACGGUA